GCGACUUGCGCAUGAACAUUAUCCGCUUCUUGUCUUAGAAGCACCCUCGAAAUAGCUCAUUUCGACUCCUUGAUGACACCUCGACAUUCCAGUUCGAAGACAAGAUGAAUCCGCAUUCCGGCCCUGCGACCCUUCCGCGGGGUUUCAAGUGUCCCGACUACGAGGCACCCAGCACGCCGGAACCGUUCCCCCAAAUGGAUGACGCUCAGAUGCCUUCGGCCCCGAGGCCACGCCUGAAGUUGAGGAGGCGCGUUGUCUCCCAACUUACAGCGCCAACACAGCACUUCCUAGCCUCUGUCGCCGCCGCUGACGUCCCAAUACCGAGCAUCGAGGAACCCGAGAUCGCUCACGACGACUGCGACAUGAAUGGCCCUAGUCCCUUCCCAGAAUUCGACCACGACGAUGACGAAGGAGAUACGCAAUUUCUCAGGCCUCAAGGGCGGGGAUUGCCCGCGCCGAAAACGCCGGCGCCCGAGCUCGAAGCAUCGAUGCCGGCCUCCCGGUAUCCCAAUUGGGCGAUUGGCUCGAUUAGCAGCGCGGAGUCAACGCCAGAGCCCGACUAUGAAUCUAGCAGGCCCUCAACGUCGAGGUCAACACAAACUAGCGCAUCACUGUUCAGCCGCUUCUCGCUUGCUUCAGACGAGGACCAUUACGAGAACUUUGGAGACGAGAGCAAGGAAAAGGACAACUACCUUGCUGCCCCCAACGAUGAUGCGCCGUCCCGUGGCCCUGCAGACCUCCGAGGGAAAGCGAGGAAAGCGCCUUGGACGAAAGCGAUGAGCGACCACCUGUGGUCAACUUUCAUGUUGUACCUCCAGGACCCUAAAGUCACCCCUGUUCGCAUGGGCAAGAGCUGCAUCCCACCCCACGGCGUUUGUCUCCGUGUUUCACGAGAGGCAAAGAGGAGUUGGAAGGGCUCCAAGGCCCUGUCCAAAGCGACCGGCUCCGGCGAGGGUAGGAAGAGUGGGAGCGCCACUCCAACUGCGGACAUGUCGGGCACGUUCAUCCAGUGGCCCCAUACAUGUGCGGCCACCCGUGCGCAUCUGCGGGAUUUGUGCAAGUUGAAAGCCGGCUCUCGGACCAACAAUUACAAAUUCACCUCGCGGAACAUCACGCCUUUCACCCAGGCUGCUGCCCGCCACUGGAACCGCCGCUCGACGCCGGGCCGUUCACCAGCUCCGUUUGCAACGCAGGAUAUGUCUCUCUCGCUUACCUUGAGUACAUCCGAAAGCAUGCAACCCAACGGCCCCCUCGCCCAACUUGCAGCAUCAAAUCCGGAACCUGCAGGCCCAAGCCGCUCGCCGCUCCUCGCAGGCCAAACCCUCGGCACUUUUGAAGGGGAGCCAUCCUUUGCGGAACGGCGCCGGUUGGGGUCUCCCUUCGGCGCCAGCAGUUAUGGGCCUAGCUCCUCUGGCUCCCUCGCGGCUGCUCUUGGCCUGACCGGCUCCAUCCCGCGCCGGCAGUCCCAGACCGUCGGUCCACGACGGGCUCUCCAAUCGCCCGUCCGACUCAGUAGGUCGGGUACCCAGAAGCGGCGGCAUACACAAUCUGGCGUUCCACGCAAGCGCCCCAGCAUCGGCUCCGAUCUGUGGCUUGACCCUGGCUUUCGCGCCGCGGUCGCGGCCGGCCCAGCUCCCACCCAGGAAGCCACCGAACCGAACCGCAACGACCCCUUUUUCAUCCCCAAAAUCCCGUCGGUACCCGCGCUCAGUUCCUCGACUAGCAUGCCGAACGUCGGCGCGCAACUCGACGAUUCGGCGCUCCCAUUACCCCCACCCCGACUCGGCUCCCCGUUCACAGGGGAAGGCUCCAGUUUCAGCUUCCCUCACCGAGUGCACCGCGCGCACCAGGGCGGCAGCAUCGACCUCGGCGUCCUCGGCCGGCCGUUCGCGACAAUUCAACAAUUCUCAAGCGACCCCAACCCGCUACCGGCGCGCAACAGCCUCGCCGAUCGCCUCGCUUAUAUCGACCACCGCCUCAAGGAGCUCCGGCAGCGGGAUGCGAAUCACGCGUCCGAGUCGCCCCUGUAAUACCAUGGCUUCACAACACCCUAACCCCUCACCCCGGAUCAUU